AUGGCUAAUAAUCCACCAGCGAAAGUGAGAGAGGUUGCAGUGCCUCGUGUGGUUGAUGUAACUUCGAGCAUUAUCAAGCCCACCAUCGAAGGGCAUUUUGAGCUGAAGCUUCCCAUGAUUCAGCUACUUCACUCUAGUGGAAGGGUCACCAAAGAAUAUGUGCGGCUGACACUGUUCCCCUUUUCUCUAUUGGGGAAUGCAAGUAACUGGUUAUUAGCAGAGCCCGCAAAUUCUAUCACUUCAUGGGAUGAUUUGGCGACGAAAUUCUUGACAAGGCAGAAAAGUGGGGAAAAUUUGUAUCAAGCGUGGGAGAGGUUCAAAGGUCUUCUCAGAGAUUGCCCUCACCACCAUCAGACGAAUGAAGUUCUGGUACACACAUUUAUUGAGAGUCUGGAUGCCCAACAUAAGUCAUCACUAGACACUGCUGCAGGAGGGCAGGCUCUUGAUCUAAGCUAUGAAGAACUAUUCACACUAUUGAACAGGUUUACUCAGAGCACUCCAGACUGGCAGGAUGAUGCAGCUAGCAGUUCAGUUAGGAAGGCACCGGGUGUUUUUGAAGUGGAUAAUUUUACAACACUAUCAGCACAGAUUGAUGCCAUGCGCACUGAAAUUAAGAAGUUAACUGCUGCGCAAGCUCCACUACAGGUGCAUGCAGUGCAACAAGCCAUCAUUAUUUGUGAAUUUUGUGGAGAAGGUCACAACAAUAAUCAGAAUCGCGAUUUGGCUGUGCGGAAUUUAGAGAGGCAGAUAGCUGGUGCACAAAAUACUAGACCACUUGGAGGACUUCCAAGUGAUACGGAUGUGAAUCCCAAGCCUUAUAAUAUUGUGACUCUUCGAAAUGGGAGAGAACUUGAGGAAGCGACUCCAAAGAAAACCAAUCGAGUAGAAGCUGAAAUAGAGAAGAUUACCGAGGAGAUGAUUGAAGAAGAGAGGGUAGUCAAGACACCAGUAGCAAAGCAGCCAUAG